GUGUUUGACCCUCAGACCCGCGCCCGUAUUCAGGGACGACCUCGCGUUUUGAUCAGCGGUGGCGUUAGCACACACGAGUCGCUUAAGGUCCCCACGUAUUGCUUCCAAAACAACACCAUCCUAUGUAGAUCCCUAACCCAUACUUCACACAAAGUGCAACCUUGCGAUGUAGGUCUUUUCGGCCCGCUGAAGACAGCAUGUCGCGAA